GCAUCGCCGCGUUACCCAGAAACCAUCGGUGGAGCGUCAACGCCCAGGUUGAAUGUUCUGCGAGCCAGAAAAUGGAAAGCGAAGGAAGUUCGUAACCAUGUAAGUGUAGGAAGUGAGACAAUUCACUAAGUAUUUGAUGAAUGUCGUAAAGCCGUGGUUUGCCGAGGCUCUUUGAAGACAGCUGUUUUGCAUUUGAGUCACUCUUUUCAUUGGCCUCGUUCGGUUACAUAUUAACUGUGCUUUAAACCCAGGAGCUUAUCAUAUCAUCGUUGUAACUUAUAUUCGUACGAUGAACUUGAAGGAGUAUAAAGUCGUCGUUUUAGGUUCAGGUGGAGUUGGGAAAAGUGCCUUGACAGUUAAAUUUGUCACCGGACAAUUUGUGGAAAAAUAUGACCCAACGAUCGAAGACUUUUAUCGGAAGGAGAUCGACGUUGAUAGCAAUCCCUCCAUCUUGGAAAUUUUGGACACGGCUGGCACUGAACAGUUCGCUUCUAUGAGAGAUUUGUACAUCAAAAAUGGUCAAGGAUUCCUUCUAAUAUACUCUCUUUUAAAUCGACAAACAUUUACAGAUUUAAAACCGAUGAGAGAUCAAAUACUACGUGUGAAAAACUCAGACAGCGUGCCCUUGAUACUUGUUGGAAAUAAAAGUGACAUGUUUGACGAACGAGAAGUGUCUGCAAACGAAGCUAAGGUUUUAGCAGAAGAAUGGGGCUGUCCGCAUUUUGAAACCUCUGCGAAAAACAACAGCAAUGUCGACGAAGUGUUUACCGAGAUUGUAAGACGAAUGAAAACUACACAGAAAGGUUCCUCAAGUAAGGGGGGAUGCUGUGCCAUCCUUUAACCCUCGAGCUAAGUUGUGCUCCGCUAACACGAACAAGAUAACCGUCUAAGUUUUAUCAUUUAAGCUUAUUGACACGAUGUGUUGGAAAGAAUGUGUAGAUUUUAGAAGAAACUGAAGUUAAAUAGAUACAAUUUGCUUUAUACCAGAAGGAUUUUUAUGAAGGGCAAGACCAUUGUUAUUAUUUUAAACUUUUUCAUUAGACUUCGUGUGUUGUUUUCUUUUAAUUCACAGUUUCUACACAUUUUAUAUUUCUGGAUUGCUUACCAAAGAAAACUAAAAAUACUCGCUUUUUGUGUGGAUAGUUUUAGUAGUCAUUAGAAUUUUUCACGCACGUAGGUCAUAUUUCUAGAAAAACAGUUUAAGCUUGACAAUAAAUAUAUUGAAUGGAAUGUUAGUUGUAUUAACUAAAUAAGCUUAGUUAAAGUGUAGUAAGUUUUUUCUACAAAGUUCGCAUAUAUGGUAAUCCAGUCAUAAAACCUUAGUAUUAUAAAGUAAAGUCACACCAAAGAAGCUGAAA